CGCACACGUACUACACGCAUUCCACUUUUGCAGAUGUCACACCCCGUUGCACACGACUGCAUUAUUUAGGCCCAUCGAUAGCUAACUGCAAGGUCUUUCUGAUUAUCAGAUUAUUCUGUGCAGAUUAUACGGGGACUGAAAGCCAAUUUCCACCACAGACACACCUGUGUGUGUUUGCGGCACAAGUUGCAAGCUUGUUUACCAAGUACACGGUUGUCUGCACACCACCACAGGCUUCAGCUUUUGUCGCCACCCGGCAGCUGAAGUGUUUGUAUACCGUCGCCAUGCCCAAACCGGACCGGCAGAGCUACAAGAAAGUCGGGGAUAACGCAGAAUCGGGAUCCCAGCCCAACCCAGACAUGGCAGCUCCACCGGCCAUUGGCUUUGAGGGCCUCCAAGAAGACCCUCCUCCCAAGAGCGAACAUAUCGGACUGGAGGCCUACGGCGAUGGUCGAUCCCCAAAGAACGGCGCGGCGCCAGAGAACAUAGAGCUGUCUGAGAGUAAUAAAGAGGAUGAGCCGCUCAAAGACGAUAAACAGCCCAAGAAAGCAGAGAAGAAAGAGGGAGCAGACUUGUACUUCCACGACGGCAUACGCCGCAUCGACUACAUCCUGGCCUACAAGAAGGGAGACUCUGAGAAGGAUGUCAGGAGGGCAGCCAAGCGACAUGAGUUUGAGAACAACCUCCGAGAGGAGGGCAUCGAGCUUGAAGUCGAGGAUCCUGAGCCCAGUCAAGACGGAUCAGCCGAUGGCAAUACUGUCUUUGUCAAGCUCCACGCACCGUGGGAGUUCCUCUCCAGACAGGCGGAGGUCCUUAAAGUCAAGAUGCCCAUCAAGGAGAAUGACAUGGAGGAGCCAAUAUCCAUUCUGAACUGCCUCAAGAAGAUUCCCUCGCCCUUUGACCUUUCGGAAGAGUUCAUCAAGCCGGAGCCCAAAUACUUCACCGCUCCCUUCGUGCGUGAGCGAGAGGACGAGUUCGUCAUGGAGGACAGAGAGUCUUUCUUCGGCAUGUCACAGAGGAACAGGAUGGUGCACGAAAUCCUGGAGAAAUGCCGAUAUGACCCAGACAACAAGACAAAGUUUGGCAUUGAUCACAUGAUUAACAACGGUUCCUACGUCGCCGCAUACCCACUGCACGAGGGGGACUACAAGAGCAAGCACUCGAUGCUCACCCACGGGCCCCAGAAUGACCGCCACUUGCUGUAUGAGGAGUGGGCUCGUCCAGGCCGUUGGUACAAGUAUCAACCCCUCGACCUUAUCAGCGACUACUAUGGAGAGAAGAUUGGCCUGUAUUUCGCCUGGCUGGGCUUCUACACUCAGAUGUUGACCAUCGCAGCAAUAGUCGGUCUGGUUGUGUUCCUGUACGGCUGCAUCUCCUUGCCCUUUGACCCAGUGGUGUCGGAACUCUGCGAGGCCAAAAGCUGGGUGAACUACACCAUGUGUCCCCAGUGCAACAACCGCUGCACCUACUGGAUCCUGGAGUCGAGCUGUUUCUACUCCCAGCUCACGUAUCUCUUUGAUAACGGGGCCACCGUCUUCUUCGCAGCCUUCAUGUCUCUUUGGGCCACUAUGUUCUGUGAGUUUUGGAAGCGUCGUCAGAACGAGUUGGACUAUGACUGGGACCUGUUCGGCUUUGAAGAGCAGGAGGAAAACUGCCGGCCCGAGUUUGAAGCUCUUGCCCCAGACAAGAGAGUCAACCCAAUCACCAAGUUGUACGAACCCUAUGUUAAGUUUUACCGUCGAUUUCCAAGAUUCAUGGCGUCCGUCUUAGGGAUCGUCUUCAUGAUAUUCCUAGUGUUGGCUGCAGUAGUGGGCGUCAUCGUCUACCGUAUUGCCAUCAAGACGGCCGUGGCAGCGUCGGGCGAUGCCUUCAUCAGCUCCCAGGCAUCUAUCAUCACCUCUAUCACCGCCUCCUGCAUCAGCUUGGUGGUCAUCAUGGUUCUGCAGAACCUGUAUGACAGAAUUGCAACUUGGCUGACAGAUCUUGAGCUGCACCGUACAGAGACGGAGUAUGAGGACAGCUACACCUUCAAGAUGUACUUCUUUGCCUUUGUCAACUACUACUCCUCGUCGUUCUACGUGGCCUUCUUCAAAGGAAGCUUUCCUGGAAAUCCGAGUGAAUACGGCAAAGUGUUUGGCUUGCGUCAAGAGGAGUGUGACCCAGCGGGAUGUCUCCAGGAACUGUUCGUCAACUUGGCCAUUGUCAUGUGCGGCAAGCAGUUCUUCAACAACUUCAUUGAAAUCUUCCUGCCACUGAUCCUGAAUUUCUGGCGUUCCCGCACCGGCCGUAAGGAGCAGAAGGCAGGGAAAGGCUCCUAUGAUCAGUGGGAGAAGGACUUUGACCGGUCUGAGCUAGGGCCUCGCGGUCUGUUCAAGGAAUACCUUGAGAUGGCUGUCCAGUUUGGAUUUGUGACCAUCUUUGUGGCUUCCUUCCCGUUGGCCCCGUUCUUUGCACUGAUCAACAACCUGAUGGAGAUUCGUCUGGACGCCUACAAGUUUGUCACGCAGCUCCGCCGCCCGUAUGCCGCCAGGGCUCAGGACAUUGGUGCUUGGUACGCCAUCCUUGUUUCUGUGGGCAACUUCGCUGUCCUGUCUAAUGCCUGCGUCAUCGCUUUCACAUCGUCCUUCAUCUCCCGUGAGGUCUACAAGUACCAGUUCGACAAGUUAGAGGGCUACGUGGACUGGACGCUGUCCAGCUUCAACACAACCUUCUUCGAGGAGGGUACUGGACCCGAUAUCGACACCUACCCAGACUUUGCUGACGGUGGCCUGAACGGAACACGCGUAGAGCUGUGCAAGUAUCGUGGAUUUGUCCUGGGACCUAACCCACCCUUCGAUCUGAAGCUUGAUUACUGGAAGGUGUUUGCCAUGCGCCUCGUCUUGGUGCUGGUCUACGAGCACGUGAUCUUCAUCGUCAAGUUUGCUCUUGAAUACAUGGUGCCCGACAUGCCGGACUUCGUCAAGAACGAGAUCAAACGGGAGAACUACCUUGCCCAGCAGGCCCUGGAGGAGAUAACCAGGAAGGACAUGGUUGCCAAGCGUCGCAGCAAAAUGCCCGACGGCGAGAAAGGUGCCUCAGCGAGCGGUUACCAGUAAGCUUCAAAUAUCUACACCGGUUGGCACCAAGACCAAUUUUCCUCAAUCAUCUGAUUAUUUGUAGCUGCUAGUAUUUUAAUCGUUAUACUCUUUCAGUGGAAAACAUUAUAUUUGUUAAUUUUGAUCCGUAUGUAAUCCAGCUUCGAUGACGGUGUCGGGGGGUUUGGGGAUUACCGUAGGAUAUUUUUGAUAUACGCAGUUAUAUUUAUAUUGCAUGAUUAGGUUUAUAAACAGGUUGUAGAUAUCAAUACAAGUAGGGAUAGUAUGGAUAUGGAACUACUUCUCGGAAUACUCGAGAUAUUUUAAAAUACCCAUUCCAUAAUGAAUACAUAAUGCAUGGGAAGUGUAUUCUGUAAAGUUUUGCUUUCCGGACACUGCGUUCCGUUUUUGUGAUGGAACUUACAAACAGCAAUUUAAGGUGAAAUUAUUAUUGUAUUUUAUCAAAUAGAUUCUCGGGAAACUCCGAGUAAUAAUUGUUAAAAAAAUAUAUAUAAAGCAGACCUCAUGAACAAACUUCUUCAGCUCAAGUCUAUGCAAAACUAGUGCCCGCUAUAAAAAAAAAAAUGUAAAUGGAUCUAAAUUAAUCCAGGCUUGGAGCCGGUCUACUUAAAUCCCCCAAACUUCGUUGAAAUUUGAUAGUUAAUCAAUAUGUUACAGCUUGUUAGUGUGAAUUCUAGUUCCGCUGACAUCUUGCCCACAUUUACCCAAUAUAAGUGAUGCGUCUAUGCAAAAUCAAAUGAUUUCUUGUGUUUUCAAUUGAACUUUCCUGAGAUAUGUUGCCAAAAGCGAAUAGGUUGCUGGGGGCUUUUCUUUUUCAAUAUUGAACUAGGCCAUCUGCAGUUCACGUUGCAAGAAACAUGAAUAUUUGUUCUACUUUUAAAUGAAAUGGAGUUAUCAUAAAUACUGUUUAAGUUCUUUGUUGUGUAGUUGGGUUGUAAUGUAUAUUCAUGUGGUUUUUUUAUCCGUUAUAUCCAGUUUGCAUGAAUUACUGGCAAACUUUAAAACAAAGGAUGCACAUGUAUUUAACGGGUAAUGUUGGCCUUGCAGAUCGUGUGCCUUCAAAACGUGAAAAAAAAAAUCUAUCAAACUGAUUCAUUUAGCAGACAUGCAAUGUUUGGUACCGUGUAAAUAAUGAUACUGGUGAUGUGGGUUUUGGGAGCUAGUAAUGAGUUUUAAACUUUCCAACAAUCGUAAAUGUAAGUAUAUUGAUAAUCCUUUUUUUAGUUGGACUAUUUACAAUGUAAUGUGCAGUAUAUGCUCUUUAUUGAUUUUGUAGAAAUAGUGAGGCAAAAUAGGGGCAUGAUGUAGCAAUGUAUU